AGCGCAGGCGCAAGCGGCGGCAACCUUGCGCGAGGCACAGAACGGGGAGAGAGAGGCGCGACUCGCGAGCUCUACACGCUGGUGAGAGAACAGAGCGAGCGCGCGAUCUUCACUCCGCCACAGGCGCUGAGGUACCCAUCAACCACUGCCCCGCGAGCGCCACGCGCCAACGGCUGCCGGAAAGCCCGACGGUCACUGAGCGCAAGGCGCCAACGGCCGCGGAGCGAGCGCGUUCGCGCGCUAGGUGACCCGUGAAGCGCGAACUCUCCGCUUAGUCCCCGCGCGAGAGGGGUGCCGCUGAGUGCCCAGCCCGGCAGUCACUACGGAAGCGGCCAUGGGGGACCGAGAACAGCUGCUGCAGCGAGCCCGCCUGGCCGAGCAGGCGGAAAGAUACGACGACAUGGCCUCAGCCAUGAAGGCGGUGACUGAGCUGAAUGAGCCCCUCUCCAAUGAAGAUAGAAACCUGCUGUCUGUAGCCUACAAGAAUGUUGUUGGGGCUAGACGAUCUUCCUGGCGAGUCAUCAGCAGCAUAGAGCAGAAAACUAUGGCGGAUGGGAAUGAGAAGAAGCUGGAAAAAGUUAAAGCAUACAGGGAGAAGAUAGAAAAGGAGCUGGAGACAGUCUGCAAUGAUGUUUUGGCCCUCUUAGAUAAGUUCUUGAUCAAGAACUGCAAUGACUUCCAGUAUGAGAGCAAGGUCUUUUAUCUGAAAAUGAAAGGAGAUUACUACCGCUAUUUGGCAGAAGUUGCUGCUGGUGAGAAGAAGAACAGUGUUGUGGAAGCUUCAGAGGCUGCCUAUAAAGAGGCUUUUGAAAUCAGCAAAGAGCACAUGCAGCCCACUCACCCAAUAAGGCUUGGGUUGGCACUCAACUUCUCAGUGUUCUACUAUGAAAUCCAGAAUGCACCUGAGCAGGCCUGCCUUUUAGCCAAACAAGCCUUUGAUGAUGCCAUAGCUGAGCUGGACACACUAAAUGAGGAUUCCUACAAGGACUCCACACUUAUCAUGCAGUUACUUCGAGACAACCUCACUCUCUGGACAAGUGACCAGCAGGAUGAGGAAGCAGGAGAGGGCAAUAACUAAAGAGCUUUCGUCCCAGCCCUUCAUCAUCUCCACCAUCCCCAUUAUCACCAUCCCACAAUAUUUCCUUGCCACAGUUUCACUAAAUAUCUAGUGCUAAGCAUAUCUUUAUUGUCAGCACAGCUGUUCAGAUCUGCAGUCCACUUUAUCAGGAGGCAGUUCUGGAUAAGUAUUCAUGAGCAUUGCUGGAUUGAUUGAUUGAUCUGCUCUGUUUAUCAUAGUUGCACUUGAAUGGUGCAAAAAGAUGCAUAUUAAAGAGGCAUUUUAGUUUGCCUAUUGAUUAUCAAACAUGGGCAAGAAUAAUGGAAAGUGAAUUAAUCAAAAGUCUAAUCUUAAAUUUUCCAUUCAAAAUGAGCUGAUAGUGUUUUGUUGAGCAGUACAUCUUGUGCAUGCAAAGCAAAUUAGCCACCCUGAAAACUUUUUCAACCAAUGAAAACAGUUAAAAAGCUGAUGUGAAGUGACAACUUAAUUCUAUUUAUCAGUUUACAAACUGUUCAGAAUGUGAGGUUUUGGUAGCAACUUGCUUUUUGCCUCUCUAACUUAUGAUGUGCACAGACUUUCAUUUAAUGCAAUGCAUCUACUUAAAAGUUUUGAUACUUGUAACCUUCUUUGCAGUUGUUUUGAAAAAUCAUGAAUUUAUUUUUUGUAAACUCUUUGGCUGUUUAGUUGUCUGUGUAUUCUGACAGCACCAUGUCAGUGUUAGCCCAUGUUAAGAUGGAUGACUCUCUGAGAUGCCAGACUUCUAAAUUCAAUGUUUUGGAAUUAAAUGAAUAAAAUAAAAUGCUGCUUCGGAAAUAUUAUCUCAA